CAGUGCGCUACUUUCACGAUGUCCAAGGCUACAGAAGAAAGAAAGGUUUCUAAAAGUAUAUUGAAAAAGUCUAGUGAUCAGAUACCGCAGAAGAGCUUCCAGUGGGAUGAAUCAAAUAUUCUAGCUACUUAUCAUCCCGCAGAUAAGACGUAUGGUCAUAUGAAAAUUGAAGAACCGAAAACACCUUACGUUUUUGAUCCUGAGGAUGGUUCUGCCGUCACUUCUGGACCCUUAUUUACUGCAGAAGAUUUAGCUGCCAGGCUUUCUGCGGCUUCAAAGGAUCCCGACCAGCAGUUACCAAGUGCCACAAAAGUUGACCAGGAGGAAGAUGAACAUCAGAGAAAAUUUCGUGAAAAACGGAAGCAACAUUACAACGAAUUUUUGGCUGUAAAGCUAGCUAAAGAAAGUUUACAAAAUGAUGAUGAAGAAGGGGAAAAUAUUGAAAAGGAAGACGAAGAGGAAGAUGAAGAAGUUGAACAUAAUGUUGAGCAGGCGAUGAUUAAUGCACGGUUAAAUGCUGAAAUUUCCCGUUUAAGUCGAAACACAGAGCAGCCUAUUUCUAGUAUUUUGAGAAAUCAGAAUCUUUCAAGAUCUCACCUAUGAGAGAUUCAAGAUAUUAAAGAUUUUCGAAUUUCUCUCUAUUUAUAUGUACAAAUAUUCGUUUACUUCUAUCCAGUUCUCUCAGAUUUGGCCAUUUUAUGUUAUAAUCACAAUCCC